AUCCACGCCGGAAGUAGCUGUUGCCAGAGAAGGAUUCCGCGGGCUUCGCCAUGGCGGCGAUCCCCCCCGACUCCUGGCAGCCGCCCAACGUAUUCUUGGAGACCAGCAUGGGGAUCAUUGUGCUGGAGCUGUACUGGAAGCAUGCUCCAAAGACCUGUAAGAACUUUGCUGAGUUGGCUCGUCGAGGUUACUACAAUGGCACCAAAUUCCACAGGAUCAUCAAAGACUUCAUGAUCCAGGGAGGUGACCCAACGGGGACAGGUCGAGGUGGUGCAUCUAUCUAUGGCAAACAGUUUGAAGAUGAACUUCAUCCGGACUUGAAAUUCACGGGGGCUGGAAUUCUCGCAAUGGCCAAUGCAGGGCCUGAUACCAACGGCAGCCAGUUCUUUGUGACCCUAGCUCCCACUCAGUGGCUUGACGGCAAACACACCAUUUUUGGCCGUGUGUGCCAGGGUAUAGGAAUGGUGAAUCGAGUGGGAAUGGUGGAAACAAACUCUCAGGACCGCCCUGUGGACGAUGUGAAGAUCAUUAAGGCAUACCCUUCUGGGUAGACUUGCUGCUCCCUUGGGCACACACGGGUCCUCUGAGAUGGCCCCAGCGAACCAGCUUCCAGAUGGUCUAGAAUGACACGUGACUCUAAACUUCAUUUUGGCCUUGCAAAUUGCAGUGCUAAGGAGGCCUGGGGUCUUGGGUGAGUUAGAGAUGGAAGUGUAUUUUAAUAAGAUGCUUCUUUUCUCUUCCCCCAGCGCCUAGGUUGACAGAGCAUUUGCAGAAAUGCCCAUACAUGAUCGUUCACAGGUUACUGCUCACUGUAGAUGACCCAUACUGCUCCUUCUAGUGUGCAUCUGCUCUGAUACACUUGGAACAAAGUGAAGCCAACUCUGUCAUUUUGCAGUGCCUAACCAAACCUCCUCCUGCGGGGAUUUAUAUUCUGGCCUACACUGCAGUCUUUGGUGGCUGACAGCCACAGAAUUCAAAAUCAAGUAAUGUCUAUCAGCCUUCUUAACUCUGUGCAUACCUUAUUUCAGUCUCCUACAUUUGUUGUUCCCGGGAAUGUAUGCAUCUCUAUAUAUUUUCCCUCUCAAAACCAGAAGAACACCAACACUGCUGUUUCUGACACUUAGACAUCCCACGCAAAACCACAUUGAAUUUUUGCCAAAUAAAAAAUGCGUCCAACAAUCAAUAUUCUAAGAAGGUGUCAAGUGGGGAAUGAUAAUGUGUAGUAAUCGAGAAAUGAAUUUAUUAAAAGGAAGCAGAAGCAUUGACCAUUUUUUCCCCAGGAAGGAGUAGAAGUCUGUAGUGAGCAUAAGAACAGACUGAAUUCUCCUUACAAAGCAGUAUUCUUGUAAAGGAGAAGCACCACUUAAGUUUUUAAGCUAAGACUUUAGAGAAACUAGAAAAGAGUUUUUAUACGUUGUUUUUUUUAAUCAUUCUGAUUUUUUAGGGGGGGCAUGGUGAGAGAAAGGAAGUUAAUACCUAUGUAAUACAUAGAAACUUCCAAAAUAAAAUGCCAUUGAUGGUUAAAAUUGCUGCUGUGGUCUGAUUUUAAGUAUUGUAUGAGGUUCUAGCAGCCAUUUUAAUCUCUCAAGUAGUAUUGCAGGGCUCAUCUUCAAGAUUUUACAGCGUUUUAGAUUAGAUUUGUGGAUCUCCAGUGGAUUGCUCUCAUUCGAGAGCAGGUGUGACUUUAAAAAGGCAGUACUAAAGAAAGAAGUUAAGUGAUAUCUAUUAGCAUUUCUGAAUGAGGGGGAAUCACCUGUAGAUUAACCAGGGGAAUGUGCUGAGAGACCUGAACCAUCCCUGGAACUUGGAAGAGAUACACCUGCAUGUCGCUGUGGGCCCAGAGGCAAUAUGUGUUGUGGUGUUUGCUUUCUUAAACUGGUCACUCCUUGGUCGAAGAGGGGAUUGUACCUUAAAUGUUCCUCCUUAUCACUCUAUGUAUUUUGGAAAUGGU